AUGGAGGUGUUUGUGCGUGGGCCAGACAGGUACGUUACAGAGCAGAGGCGUCGUGAGGGCAAAUCCUCGAUUCCACCAGGGUAUCAGCUUUUUGAAGAUGCACGCAAGCUUACGGAGCGCAUGGUGGGCACGCUGCGAGACUGGAAGGAAUUUACAGAUAAUGAGUAUUGUCUCUGCUAUUACACGGACAAAACUGAAGGCAGCUCUUCAACUGGCGUAGGAGGAAGGGGCAACACGGGAAACCGAAAUACGCCUCAGAGGACCAUUACCGGAGGGAUUCUACGAGUACGUGCUGAACGCAACGUGGAGUCACGUCGUGGGAUUUCCCGAGGGCGAGGGGGAAGACAUGGAGGUAAUAGAGGGCCAACGGCCACAAGAGUUAUUAUGGAUGGGAGUACACGCAGACUGUGCGUACUUUUUUCUCAGUGGGUGGUGAGGGGCAAUUCCGUCCACCAUGCCCAAAACACAUGA